AUGGGCAACUGGGAGCUCUUAGAUUCAGACGCCUCGACAGUAGACUGCGGCGAAGACGACGACGACGAUCUGGAGGCAGUGCGUCCGAAUCCUUCGCGCCCAGCUGUGACUCGGGAUCGAGCUAUCAAGCAUGAAUACACAACCCCGCCUAGACAUGCUCCUGUUAAAAACGAACUCCACUCCUCGCCCUCCGUGCAAGAAAUCCAACCACCGGCCGUCGUACACCUCUCCGAUACACAGUCCGGAUCUGACGAUGACGAUGACCCCGACGUCAACGAGGGCGAAAUCGCCUACCAGAACUUCAAGAAUCGCAGGUCUGCUAAACGGAAACGAGCAUCGACUACCGCGCACAAGUCCAAGCACCCCAGGACAAAUAGCACCGGCCAGCUGUCGAGGAAUGACGAUAAGAGAAAGGCACGGCGCCAUGGCUACAGAGAGUACAAAGAAAAUCCCGUCUCCUCAGAAGAUGACGGCAUGGAGUAUACACUGCCAGACUACCUGCACAAGCGAAAGACACAGUUCGACCGCAAAACGAAACUCUUGGAGCAAUCAGGGCUCAAACUCCCCCCUGACUUCGAGGACGUUGACUUUUCGGACGAUGAGCGGCUAGUGCACCUAAGGGAGCGACCGAAGUUGACCACGAAACCCUGUCGGCCGUACGAGGACAUCACUCUUCCCUACUCGCUGGGGCUGAUACCCGCUCCUAUCGCGCAGUGGUUGAGACAGUACCAGGUGGACGGGGCUGCAUUUCUGCACGAGCUUUUCGUCUACCAGAAAGGUGGUAUUCUGGGCGACGACAUGGGUCUAGGAAAGACGGUGCAGGUCAUCGCGUUCCUGACAGCUGCAUACGGAAAGACAGGCGACGAGCGAGACGCGAAACGCAUGCGCAAGAUGCGUCGCAGCGGGCAGGAGAAAUGGUAUCCUCGAACGCUGAUCGUCUGCCCUGGCACAUUGAUACAUAACUGGAGGUCUGAGCUUAACCGCUGGGGCUGGUGGCAUGUUGAUGCGUAUCAUGGUGAGAAUAAGGAGUUGGCGUUGCAGGCUGCCCGGUCUGGUAGAGUUGAGAUACUCAUUACGACUUAUGGGACUUAUCUGCAGAAUAAGGAUGCUGUUAAUAUGGUUGAUUGGGACUGUGUUAUUGCGGAUGAGUGCCAUGUUAUCAAGGAGCGGAGGUCUGAGACGGCGAAGGCUAUGAAUAUGGUCAACGCUCUUUGCCGGAUUGGACUGACUGGCACUGCCAUUCAGAAUAAGUACGAGGAACUCUGGACGCUUCUUAACUGGACGAAUCCUGGCAAGCUGGGGCCGGUAACUACGUGGAAGAAGACGAUUUCGGAGCCCUUGAAAAUAGGGCAAUCGCACGAUGCUACCCUCUACCAGCUGAGCAAGGCCCGUAAAACUGCCAAGAAGCUGGUCGAAAACCUCCUUCCUCAGUUUUUCCUCCGACGCAUGAAGACGCUGAUAGCGGAUCAACUCCCCAAAAAGAGUGACCGUGUCGUCUUCUGCCCUCUAACCGACACGCAAGCAGAUGCCUACGAGAACAUUCUGACCAGCGAUAUCGUCAGUUACAUCAAAAACUCCUCCGACUUCUGCGACUGCGGAUCGAGAAAGAAAGCCGGCUGGUGCUGCUACCAAACGCUUCCCUCAGGCCAACGAUGGCAAAGCUACGUCUUUCCAGCCAUCGCAGUCCUGCAGAAACUCAGCAACCACCUCGCCAUCCUGAUUCCCCAAGGCGCCGACGCAAAGGAGAAGCAGGACAAGGACAAGGAAAUGCUAGAAAUAGCCGUCCCGGAUCAAUGGGAAACACUCGUCCGCACGCGAGAGUCUAUCGUCAACUACGCGAAUCCCGAAUUCUGUGGGAAAUGGAAGGUCCUGCGUAAACUGUUGAAGUGGUGGCAUGCCAACGGGGAUAAAGUCCUUGUCUUUUCACACAGCGUGCGGCUACUUAAAAUGCUGCAGAUGCUCUUCCACCAUACCAGCUAUAAUGUCAGCUAUCUGGAUGGGUCUAUGACUUACGACGACCGUACCAAGGUCGUUGACGAGUUCAAUUCCGAUCCGCAGCAGUUUGUCUUCCUCAUCUCGACGCGGUCUGGUGGAGUCGGGUUGAAUAUCACCUCAGCCAACAAGGUUGUCGUGGUCGACCCGAACUGGAACCCAUCGCAUGACCUGCAGGCUCAGGACCGGGCAUAUCGUAUUGGCCAGAGUCGAGACGUAGAAGUCUUUCGACUCAUCUCAGCUGGCACGAUCGAGGAGAUAGUCUACGCGCGACAGAUCUAUAAACAGCAGCAGGCCAACAUUGGCUACAACGCCAGCAGCGAACGACGAUACUUCAAAGGCGUACAGGAAAAAAAAGAUCAAAAAGGCGAGAUUUUCGGCCUAAACAACCUCUUCGAAUACCAAAACAACAAUGUCGUCCUACGCGAUAUCGUUAACAAAACCAACGUCGCAGAGUCUCGUGCAGGAGUUAGCGUCAUGGGCGUCGAACUAGACGAAGACAACGAAGAAGAAAAACCCUUCCCCAACCCAUCGAAGCAAGCCGACGACGACGACCAAGUCAUGAGCCAGCUUGCAGCAGCCAUGAUCCGCGGCGACACAGACGCACCGUUAACGAAAAAGGAAAACGACAACGACGAGAAACAAUUCAUGAUAACACCGAAGAAGAAACACGACCCCAUCGAAGCCAUCCUCACCGGCGCAGGUGUCGAAUACACGCACAUGAACAACGAAGUCAUCGGCUCCUCUAAAGUCGAAAAACACAUCUCCCGCCGCGCACAACUAGCCGAAGAAUCCACCGCCAACACAAAUGUCCACGCUUUCCUCUCCGGUCUGGACUCCCAGGACCAGAAUACACCCACCAUCUUAGAUCCCAACACUAGCACCAACACCAACGGCCGAACUCCCACUAAUUCGAGAAACAGUGAACCCCUCCGCUUCAAGUACCACCCGCCACCAGACGUCAUGAAACGGCAGUUCUGCAGUAUGGCGAGACGGUUUGGGUUUCCGAAUGCGACAGAGUUUGCGUUGGUCGUGGAGAGUAUGACACAGGCUCAGAGACGGGCUUGUUUGGAGAGGUGGUAUGGGGAGAGGAGGGAGAUGCUUUUGGGGAGGUGA